GCGCACUCUGCUAGCAGCCCGCGCCCGCGCCGCCUCCCGCGGCCGCAGCCGCCCGACAGCGCGCCCAGAGCAUGCCAGCCUCUCGCUGCCUGCGCUGACUUCCCAGAGACAGCGGCUCGCACGGUGACUUUCUGGGCUCUGGAUGAUUCGCGUGCUGCGCACCCUCGCCCAGCCUUGAAGCUGCCACCGCAUCUCUGCAGACCCGCCGAGGCACCGAGGACUGUCCAAACGAGUUCGCUCUCCCAGGCGUGGGGAGCCAUUAUUGGAUGUCCUUUGACUGAGAGAUCAGGUUUUUAGCUUUAUUAUUAUGCCUUUGGAGAUGGAGCCCAAAAUGAGCAAACUGGCCUUUGGUUGUCAGAGAAGUUCCACUUCGGAUGAUGAUUCUGGCUGUGCACUGGAGGAAUAUGCCUGGGUGCCCCCAGGCCUCAGACCAGAGCAGAUCCAGCUCUAUUUUGCAUGCUUGCCAGAGGAAAAGGUUCCUUAUGUUAACAGCCCUGGAGAGAAACAUCGGAUUAAACAGCUUUUGUACCAGUUGCCACCACAUGAUAAUGAGGUGCGGUACUGCCAAUCUUUGAGUGAAGAGGAGAAAAAAGAAUUGCAGGUGUUCAGUGCGCAGCGGAAGAAAGAAGCACUUGGAAGAGGAACGAUUAAACUUUUGUCCAGAGCAGUGAUGCACGCCGUAUGUGAGCAGUGUGGGUUGAAGAUAAACGGAGGGGAAGUUGCCGUGUUUGCCUCCCGUGCGGGCCCUGGAGUGUGCUGGCACCCAUCCUGCUUUGUCUGCUUCACGUGUAACGAGCUGCUGGUCGACCUCAUCUAUUUUUAUCAGGAUGGAAAAAUUCACUGUGGCAGGCACCAUGCGGAGUUACUCAAACCACGGUGCUCAGCAUGUGAUGAGAUCAUUUUUGCUGAUGAGUGCACAGAAGCCGAGGGUCGCCAUUGGCACAUGAAGCAUUUCUGCUGCCUCGAGUGUGAAACAGUCCUAGGAGGACAGAGAUACAUCAUGAAGGAUGGCCGUCCAUUCUGCUGCGGCUGUUUUGAGUCUCUUUAUGCAGAGUACUGUGAAACCUGCGGGGAACAUAUUGGUGUUGACCAUGCACAGAUGACCUAUGAUGGGCAGCACUGGCAUGCCACAGAAGCAUGCUUUUCCUGUGCCCAGUGUAAGGCCUCUUUGUUGGGAUGCCCCUUCCUUCCCAAACAAGGUCAGAUUUAUUGCUCAAAAACCUGCAGCCUCGGUGAAGACGUUCAUGCUUCUGAUUCUUCCGACUCUGCAUUCCAGUCGGCCCGAUCAAGAGACUCCAGAAGAAGUGUUCGAAUGGGCAAAAGCAGUCGGUCAGCGGAUCAGUGCAGACAAUCUCUCCUCUUGUCUCCUGCUCUGAACUACAAGUUCCCUGGUCUUUCCGGCAAUGCUGAUGAUACCCUUUCCCGGAAGCUGGAUGACCUGAGUCUCUCCAGGCAAGGAGCAAGUUUUGCCAAUGAAGAAUUUUGGAAAGGCAGAAUAGAGCACGAGACCCCUGAAGACCCUGAAGAAUGGGCUGAGCAUGAAGAUUACAUGACACAGCUCCUUCUCAAGUUCGGUGAUAAAAGCCUCUUUCAGCAGCAGCCCAGUGAGAUUGAUAUUAGAGCCAGUGAGCACUGGAUAUCUGAUAACAUGGUGAAAAACAAGACCGAGUUAAAGCAAAAUCAUCAAAGUCUUGCCAGUAAAAAAUACCAAUCUGAUAUGUAUUGGGCCCAGUCCCAAGAUGGACUGGGUGAUUCUGCUUAUGGGAGCCACCCGGGUCCUGCAAGCAGUAGGAGACUCCAGGAACUGGACCUGGACCACGGUGCUUCAGGAUAUAAUCAUGAUCAAACACAAUGGUAUGAAGAUUCCCUGGAGUGUUUGUCAGACUUGAAACCAGAGCAAAGUGUUCGGGAUUCUAUGGAUUCUUUGGCUUUGUCUAAUAUCACAGGGGCUUCAGUGGAUGGAGAAAGCAAGCCUAGGCCAUCACUAUAUUCUCUACAAAACUUUGAGGAGAUGGAGGCAGAUGACUGUGAGAAGAUGAGCAAUAUGGGAACUCUGAACUCUUCCAUGCUACAUAGGAGUGCAGAGUCCUUAAAAAGUCUGAGUUCAGAGUUGUGUCCAGAAAAAAUCAUGCCUGAAGAGAAGCCAGUACAUCUGCCAGUGCUCAGAAGAUCCAAGUCUCAAUCCAGACCACAGCAGGUCAAGUUUUCAGAUGACGUCAUUGACAAUGGAAGCUAUGACAACAUUGAAAUCCGGCAGCCUCCAAUGAGUGAGAGGACUCGGAGGCGCGUCUACCAUUUUGAAGAGAGGGGAUCCAGAUCCCACCACCAUCGCCGCAGGAGAAGUAGAAAGUCUCGCUCUGACAAUGCCCUGAAUCUUGUCACAGAAAGAAAAUAUUCACCCAAAGAUAGACUGCGGCUUUACACCCCUGAUAACUAUGAGAAAUUUAUACAGAAUAAAAGUGCCCGGGAGAUCCAAGCAUACAUCCAAAAUGCUGAUCUCUAUGGACAGUAUGCCCAUGCCACAUCUGAUUACGCCCUGCAGAACCCAGGAAUGAACAGGUUUCUGGGACUCUAUGGUGAAGAUGAUGAUUCCUGGUGUUCUUCCUCCUCUUCCUCCUCUGACUCAGAAGAAGAAGGGUAUUUUCUUGGACAACCAAUCCCUCAACCCCGGCCACAGAGAUUCACCUACUACACAGAUGACCUUUCUAGUCCAACUUCUGCACUUCCUACCCCUCAGUUUGGUCAGAGGACCACUAAAUCCAAGAAGAAAAAGGGACACAAGGGCAAAAACUGUAUCAUUUCUUAACUGAGUAGCUGUGGAGAUCAGUUGUUUAAAACUUAGCCAUUAACCAUUGGAAUCUUACCUUUUUUUCUUCCAUAGGAAAGUUGCUCAAAUAGUUAAAAGUGCUUUCUAUGCCCAUGUACAUGAGAACCCUACUGCUGUUUACAGUGCCAGAUUAACAGUUGAAAGGUGUGAUUUCUCCAGUUUACCCUCCUUGGAUGGUGUCAGGUUAACGUGACAUGUGACAUCCGGUGCCUAUGGCAGGUGCAUUACAGUUUCAAAUAGCUGCUUUGGUCUCUAAUCCACAAGAGAAUACUCAAACUCUCGUGAGGUGAUUGGAUGGGGGUGUCCAUUUUAGAAGAUGGAGAACUCCAGCCACCUUGUAAAGCAAUAGUGUUUGUCUUUAUGUAUGUCAGGUUGGCUCAGGUCCUGACCGGUCUGUCUUGUUGUGAGGCAUGCACUUGUCACAGUGACCUAGCUAAUACUGUGCAUCCUAUUGUGUGAGGCCAACUUGUCCCCUUUCAGCCCUUAUUAGCCAGGUACACAUUGUAUUGUAUUAGCUCCAGCUACAGAUUAAAAAAGAAAAUUGCUAUUUAUAAUGUAGUAUUUCAUAGACAUAAGUGUAUUCCUAAUUUAACGGUGCAAAUAUUAAUGUAUAUACUGUACAGUUCAGAUUUUAAAGCUGAUAUUUUUAUAUCCCUGAAUUGCAAGAUGUUUGUUACACUGCAGUGCUAGAUUUGUUAGGGAACCAGAAAUAGCAUUUAUGGAUGAAAUGAUUGCUUGUAUUUUAGUCAGGGUUUAUAAGUUUUAGAUGGUUAAAUUUAUAUUGCCUAGUGAUGGAAAGUUUAAUUUUUUUUGAUUUUUCAAUAUUAAAAAGGCUCUGUAUGCAUGGUGGGGCUAUGUAAAUAGUCUUUAAAACUAUGGCCCUAUUAAUCUUACGAGUGUUAUUUAUGGGUCAAGCAAUGUAAACUGUAUAAACAUAUAAACAAACAAAAAACCUACACAUACCCCUGGAAUAUAUGGUAAAAACAAGUAAAUGCUGUCUGGGUGAAUGUUUUUCCCUGAGGGUGAGGUAGGGUGCCUUUCCCAUUCUUGGCCAGGUGAUGAUUAUCUCAUGAGAAGAGUCCAGAACUACAAAGAUCGGCUUUUCCUGGCAGAGGUCUUUGUAGAUUUGUUAUUUGAAGAGAGGUGACUCCUUUUUAUCCUUCCCCUCCAGCUAACUUGUUGGCCUUUAAAAGUGAUUUUGAAAACUGGGACUUUUAGUUGUUUUCUUUUAAAAUCUUUUAGAGGAUGCUGUGACACUGAAUACUUCAAGUUCAUAUGAGGUUCUAGUUCAAGGGAAUAUUAUGUUGGAUUUGAACUAACGAGUGAAUAUUUUGAUAUGUGCCAUUCUUACAUAUACAUCUCAGUCUAAUUAAAGGUCCUGGUGGCAUCUGGGGCCUUUUAGGGAGGUAUUUAAUAAAUGCUUAAUAAAUAACAAACUACCUUUCUGAAUACAAGUCUUUGUAAACAUCCAGAUAACUUCUACUUGGGUCCUGUGUUCCAAUUUGUCUUUUUCUGCAGUCCUCCUAUAAUUAGCAGACCUCCAUUUGACUUAAGCAUAUCCACAUGUCCUCAUUAGCAGGUAGGAGAUAAGACUUGGGACACAAAAACAUAUCUUUCCAUAUUUAUCAGAGUUGGGAAAGAGGCCGUUAGGCCUUGAGGAGCCAGACAAAAAUCCAACAGGUAAACCAGUGGGGUGACAGACUCCCCGUGCCCUUGCUGGAUUGGACAAACUUUGUAUCUAGACAUGGAAGACUUCCUUCAGAAUAGCACCAAUGGGAAGAGACCCCUCUAUUCAGCUUAAAAAAAAAAAAAAAAAAAAAAAAAAGCUUCAAAUAGGACAAAAGACAUGAAGCUUCUUCCCAUUUCUCAUCCCCUCAAGUAACCACUAUUACCCAGUUCUAAUGGAGCCCUUCAAUGUCAAAGCACAUUUAUGUAAGUGUCUCUCUUUGAAAUGGUAUUUGGGGAUGGGGGUGUAGCUAGUGGUAGAACACAUGUAUGUGCCCGGCCUGUGUUCAAAGUAGCAAACCAUACACACCGACUUGCUUUUAUUUUUUAUAGUGCAUACAGGUCUACCUCAUUCUUUAAGUGGCUGCUUAAUAUUCUAAUUUUAGAUAUGCCAUGAUUUAACCAGUCCUUUGGUGAGGGACUUGAAUUGCCGCAUACAUACCUUAUCCUGCAGUGGCACAUGUGUGCACAUAACUUGAAAGCAGCAUAAUUACCAGGAUGGAGGUUAUAUAUAAAACUUGGAUACAUUCUGCCAAUUUUCCUCUAAAAGAAACACCUGAGUUAUACUUACAUAAUGUAUUAUCUGAUCACAACCCGACAUAAUAAAUUAGCAGAUUUCUGAGUUUUGAAGAAAUUCUUACAACCUCUGCUACAGCAAGUAUCCUUUCAGGAAAGACUAAGGCAAUAUGUUAUAGCAGAUGACAUGUAGCCCAAAAACAUGCAGGUAUGAACUGAAGGCACCACCCUAAGCAGUUUUCAAGUUCAUUCUUGACAGGUUAGUUUCGCCCUAAUUUUCCUUAUUGUAAGGGUUAUAUAGAUUUCCAAAGGUUUAAGGAAAUAAAGAAAUAUUUGUUCACAAUGGUAGCAUAACCUUCUUGUUUUUAAGUCCCUAUUAGUAAAACAAAAGACUGUCUACAAAGGCAGAAAGGAAAACAACUGCCUUGCAAUUUUGUAAAACUGUAGUUGCUAAAAGGUGUGAAUAGAUCAAGUUAAUUGGAACUUAAAGUAUCUUGGUCAGUCACUAAAUUUCAAAACUUGAUCCAAGACAAAUAUCGAAUGUUAAAAUUCUACCUCUGAUCACACAUGGGGAAGCAGAAUCUCAAGGGCUGUCACUGCAGAACACCACUGGAGGUCCCAGAAAGGGUACUGGCAGAAAGUCCACAGCAACUCGCUUUCCACUCUCAUUAAAAGAAAAUGAUUCCAUGUAGGUAAGCACGUGCUAUUCUCCACAUUUUGCUCUCUAGUCCCCGAGUUAAGUCAAAAGUGCCAGAAGUGAAAGAAGUCGUUUGCUGUCCAACCCUCUCGCUUGGAUACCAAGCAUGGGCCUUAAAAUGAUAAAACUAGAAUGUGUAUCAAGACUGCUAGAUCUCCAUGUGUGGACUCUUGACUACCACUGUGGAAAGAACCAGUGUUGCCAGACCAUUCACUUUUUCAAAAGAAACCAGGAAUCUGAAGUUUUGUGAAACCUCCCAGCUUUUAAAUGCUAACAACCAACUCAAAACAUUUCUGAAACACUGCUGAACAGAAUGAGCCUGCCAUCGCCAGUCUCCAACCUCUGAAUCAUAAAUUCAGGGGUCUAAAACAGAGUCCUCUGUGCUUAGAGCUGUCUAGGAAGGCAAAAAUAAUCACUGUUUAUAGAAACACAUGUGUCCCUUUUUUGGAUACAUAAGAAAAAUGAUUGGUAUCUGAAAAAAUAAAAAACUCUUAAGAGCCUCAUUAUCAAUUCAAUGCUAGUCAAACAAUUAUGAUAAAAAUCCUUUUUAAUGAAAAAAAUCACUAAUUGCCAAGAUAAUCUAAAUCCACUAAUUGCCAAGCCAUUCACUGGGAUGAUUAGAAGGCAUGCUGUACAGUCAUGUAGUAGGUUUCCUGUAAACUCUAAAUAUAUUAGAAAUACUUCUAGGCAAACUGGACCCAGGAGCAGGAAUAACUGAAUUUUGCACCUCUGAGCUUACAUUUUGCCAGUGUCAUAGAAUUACAAACUGGGAGAAUAUUUAAGACUUUCAAAAUGUAGAAAAACAGGACAUCAGGUAUAUGCAUAGACUUAGUCACAGGAUUAGAACCAACUUAUUCUGUUGCUCCAUCUAGCUAUCUAGCUAGCCAAAUAUAACUUUCAGGGAUCAAUUUUAGCCAUAACUUUUCUUUUUGCAAAAGAAAAUUUUGCGCCUCUAUUACUGUAUAUAUACAACAUGUUGUUAUGCCAUGCCAACUUUUAAAAGAACUUACAACCCACUCUCUGAAUGCACUUGAUUCUGAAGUGGAAAGUACCAUUAAGAAUAAAAACUAUUUGCCUUAAUACUAGUAAUUUCAGCAUUUUUAGAUAACUGAAUCGAGCAAGUGAUGU